AUGAAAUUCGCCGUUUUCGCUUUGGUUGCAGCUUUGUGCUUGGUUGCCGUCAACGCCAAUGCCGUUGGCUUUACCGAUGAUUUCCCCACUGAAUUUGUGCCCAGUGAUUUGGUUGAUGGUGAGAUUGUCGACAUUGAAACCUACCACAUUUUCAGCUCUUUCUGGUGGAUUACCAAGGCCGCUUUGAAAACUUUGAAGGGUGUCAACUGUUCCAUCAAACAGGUGAUUAAGAUUCGUGACGCUGCCGUUAACUUCUUGCCCAGCAUUCAAGGUUGCGGUACUGAUGCCGUCAAUGCUUACGCUAAUGUCAUUACCGCUACCCAAAAUGUUAUCGAUACCUGCAAUGCCAUUAUCCAGACCAACGAAGAAGAUUGCAACAAUGAUGUUUCCACCGAUGGCAAGACAUCUACUCCCAAGACCUGCUACUCGAAAUUGGUGAAACAAUUCUACACCUUGAACAAGCAACUUAAGGCCGUUAAUACUGCCAUCAAGAAGGUUCCCUCGAUUCCUUCGGAUGCUGCUGAUUGUGCCAACCAAGCUGUCAACGAUUUGACCUCUCCCAUGACCACUUUUACUUCGUCCGUUAAGGCUUGCUCCAAAUUGACCAGCUAA